CGGCGCAGAAGGCGGAGCCACGCGGCUCAGGGACUGGGCGGGGCUUCGGGUCAGCUGAUCCAGGCUGCGCAGACUGAAACCAGAAGCCGGGACCAGCGGCGGAUCCUGAAGCGCAGCCAUGGUCUGGAAGAAGCUGGGCUUAGGCAACUUCUCCGACUGCCCCAAUGGUUCCCGCCAGUGGAUAUGGGACGUGUUCGGCGAAUGCGCCCAGGAUGGCUGGGACGAGGCCAGCGUGGGCCUGGGCUUGAUCUCCAUCGUCUGUUUUGCAGCAUCUACCUUCCCCCAGUACAUCAAGGCCUGCAGGGCGGGCAACAUGGACCAGGCGCUGUCCCUGUGGUUCCUUUUGGGCUGGAUCGGAGGAGACUCCUGCAACCUCAUCGGCUCCUUCCUCGCUGACCAGCUGCCCCUGCAGACCUACACGGCGGUGUAUUACGUGCUGGCGGACCUGGUGAUGCUGUCCCUCUACUUCCACUACAAGUUGAAGAAGCGGCCCCCUCCGUUGUCUGCCCCCAUCAAUUCCGUGCUGCUGCUCGUCUCGGGCAUGGUGUGUGCCAUCCCGCUGCUGAGGAGCGCUGGCCCUGCGGCUGCCCCGAGGGAGGUCUUCCGGGGCCGGACGCUCCUGUCCGUGGAGCCCGGCAGUAAGCCCUUCACUCAGCAGGAGAUCAUCGGCUUCGUCAUCGGCUCUGUCUCCAGCGUGCUGUACCUGCUGUCCCGCCUGCCUCAGAUCCGUACCAACUUCCUGAGGAAGUCGACGCAGGGCAUCUCCUACUCGCUGUUCGCCCUGGUGAUGCUGGGGAACGCGCUGUACGGGGCGAGCGUGCUGCUCAAACACCCCGAGGUGGGCCAGAGCGAGGGCAGCUACCUGCUGCAUCACCUGCCCUGGCUCGUGGGCAGCCUGGGCGUGCUGCUGCUCGACACCGUCAUCUCCAUACAGUUCCUGGUGUAUAGGGACACUGCCACCUCCUCGGAGCGCCAGCCUCUCCUCCCCAGCUGACCCGGACCCAGGCCAAGCCCAGGACAACAGGGAACCUCCAGAUGCCGCUCCCAGGAAGGGAUAAGUGUGGGCAGACACGGUGCUGCUGACCCUGGACUGGGCCGUGGAUGAAGCCGGGGGCACCUCGAGGACCUGGCCCAGCUGCCUCCCCGACCUCUGAAACCUGGCCAACUUCCAGGAACCCUGACUGACUGACUGACUGACUGGCUCUUCAGGGAGCCUGGAGCGAGAGGGGCGCCCGGGCCAGCCCCCCCGCCCUUGGGACACAUCCCCAGAGUCCAGGGCUGCUGUCCCUCGGAGCCUGAAGGGAGGGGCUGCAGCUGAGACCUCGGCCCCUCGGGAGGCAGUGGGCACCGCUCGAGUCCCCCCCUUCCAUCUGCCUGCACACCCCGUGGAGCGGGGCGCAGCGGCAGCCAGGUGUCCCCAGGACUGUCCUGUUGACUGCAGACAGCCCAGUAAAUGGUACCGCCCAGCGAGGCCUCUUCCUGUUGCUCCUUCCCCGAGGUGCCAGGGUCCAGGCUGCUCUGGGCAGCAGCCUCCGGGUCCCAGGUGGGGGCCUCGAGGUUGGGAUAUGGCAGAGCCGAGCAGGAGCGAACUGUCCAGCCUCCGGGGGACCUCAGGUUUUCUCACCUGCUUCUCUGUAACAGACCCCACACCUGGGGGUGAGGAUACAGCAGCGAGAAUGACAGGGUCCCGGCCCCUCCAUGCUCAGGAAGAAGCAGAAUAGUUAAGGUUCAGAUCUUGGUUCUGCCUCUUUGCGGGUCUGUGCCUCAGUCACAUCAUCUGUGAAAUGGGAUGUAUGUCCUUAUGAGAUGGUGUAAUUACCAGAGGUUAGCCCCGAAGUCUGGCACGUAGUAAGCGCGCCGCGCGCGCCGUCAAGGUUAGCUUUGAUAAUUUUCAGUUGGAGCAGAGGCACAUCCAGAUCUCCCUGCAGAUCAGGGAGACCUUCCUGGAGGAGGUGCCAUGCAGAAGGAUGAGCUGGAGAUAGGAGCGGUGGAGAGUGUGGCAGGCAGGAGGAAGGAGGUGCAAGAGCAGUGGGAAGGGAGGGGAGGAGGACGGGGCUCAGCCCUGAGCUCCAGUCCUGGGCCCCAAUUUCACUUUGUCUCCCAGGCCCCGUUCUGAGUCCUCUUGUUGGCCCUGACACUGUGGGUGCCUGAGGGUCGGUCAGGGAGAGAAACUGUGGCUCAGGCUUUCCGAAUCUCCUCUUCCUGCCCUGGGGACAGGAGGGAGCUCGGCAGCCGGGCCCGCUGCCCGGUUUGGUGCCGCAUAGAUUGGCGGAGGGCAGCCUCCACCGGCCCAGGCUGCGCUGGGUGUCUGGAGGGGGGUGACCCGGCUCCGGUCCUUGUCCUCAUGGAGGGAACACAGCUGCCAGGCCCUGGGGGUAAGGCCUUUGACCAGAAGGUACAAAGUGGCAUCAGAAUGAGGAGACUGCAGGGAAGGCUUCACGGAGGAGGGGCCCUGGAGCUGAAUCCUGAAAGCAGAGGCAAGUCAGGAAGGGGCAGGAGGUGUGCACAGGCCUGGAGCUGAGGCUGCUUGAAAGACAGGCUGAGUGUGGACAGGGUCAUGGGGCGUGGCCGGGGCAGUGGCUCACAGCAGGUCGGGGGAGAGCGCAGGAAUUGGGGUCCGGGGAGACCAGGGAGAGCCGCCUCAGGUUCAGGUGGGCAGUGAGGCCAAGUCGGGCCAGUCUCCCCCGAGCCCAUCCUGGGUCGUGCCUGCGGAGCCCCGUGGAGCUGUGUGUACCCUGGGAUGGGGUUUGUUGAGCGCUUGCUGCGGGCUGGGCUGGGCUGGGCCCUAUGGGGUAGGUGCAGUCAGGAUGGCCAGUUUACGGAUGGAAAACAGGCUUUGUGGGAUCAAGCAGCUUGCUCGAGGUCCAGCAGCUUUUCGAACACCAUUCCGUCCCUCCGUAGCAGGGGCCGUCCCACACCUGGCCGGGAUUGGGGCCCUCUGAGUCCCCUCACUGGCUAGGGGUUCAGCUGCCCCUCGCUCUCAGGGGCGGCCCAGCCCUGCGGGGCUGAGGCUCCCUUCCCACUUCCCAGCCCCCCACCCUGUCCCAGGCGAAGGUGCCCCCAGGCCCUGGGCCCCAGCUGGCUCUGGCCUGGGUCUGGUUCAGGUGCCCUUUGCCAGCCAGCGUCUGGCUCCACCCAGGCCUGUGACCUUGCUGGAUGGUAACCGGGGGGCUCCCUGACUAUGGCAGCGAGAGCCCCAAGUGCGAGCCUAGGUCCCAGCUGCCUGGCUAAGAGCUGACACGUCACAGCCCUGCCCGGAAGCCCUCGCCUUGGGAGGGUGACUUCAUCCCUUUCUCCCUGGGGAGCACCGGGCUGUCUGUGGGGUGCCAGCUCGGGCUCUCCUGCACUGCCCGGUCUGCUCCGAGCCACGGCUCCUUCCUCCUCCGGGAGCCCCGGGUCUGAUGGCUGUGGCGCAGACCGGGGAGUGCCCUGUCCGACAGAGGAGGGAGUGGUGGUGGUGGAGCUCACGCCGCUGCGCUGGCACUGGCUGAGGGGCUGGUGCACGACGGCCACGCGAGCUGCUCCAGGGCCCAAGCCUCCCCAGCCCCCGGCGGCUGGGUCCAUCAGCCCCACCGCGCUGACGGGACCCCGUGGGCAGGUGGGUGGGGUUGCGGAGGUGAGAGGUGCUCUGGUGGACUUCCCUUCUCCCCGGGGACUUGGCUGCAGGCCAGGCAUGGCCCGAAGGGAUGAGCGCUCCAUAGACCUGUGUAGACCCGCCCUCCCUCCUGACGCACGGGCUCAGUGCAGCUCUGCAUCUAGGUUUCGGGCCCCAGCUCAGCCAAGAAAGGGGCCCCGCACUUGUCACGUCUUUGUCCGGAGGGAUUCUCCCUCUGGACACUCAUGGAGAGCAGGAGGCUGGGCCAGUCACCCCUAAAGAGCCCUACCUUGGCGGUUCAUAUUUUAACUAUGGACUGAGAUGCCGUGUAUGCAAACGCCUUGCACAGCCCCCUGCCCCCGGCCCUGAAUCCUGGGGGGCAGGAACACCUGGCUGGCAGGCAGGUGGCAGUCUCCUACAAAGCAGGAGGAAGGGCCCAGUGUGCCCAUCCUCAGCAUGUGGCCCCAAGCCCUCCCAGCCCAGGGUUAUUAAUACAGCAAACCUGGGAUUUUUUUUUUUUUAAAGAUUUAUUUAUGAGACAGAGACAGAGACAGCCAGCUAGAGAGGGAACACAAGCAGGGGGAGUGGGAGAGGAAGAAGCAGGCUCAUAGCGGAGGAGCCUGAUGUGGGUCGAUCCCACAACGCCGGGAUCACGCCCUGAGCCGAAGGCAGACGCUUAACUGCUGUGCCACCCAGGCGCCCCAAACCUGGGAUUUUUUUAAGCCACAGCGUGGACAUGGCCUUCAGUCCCCAAAGCAGAGAAAGGGGAGCCACCCACAGCUCACUCCCCUCUUCACCUCUUCUGCCAUUGGACUUGGUUUCACCGUUGCAGAAUGGAGGGACCGCAAAGGCCGCUGGGUAGCCAGCCAGGUGCUGAGACCUAACUGCCUGUCCCAACUUCCACGUGCUAACCUGACCCAGGUUAGUGUUAGCCCCGUGGUGGGAGUGGGACGUGCCUUCUGCUGCCCGUUGACCCCAUUCACCUGAAAACUGUUAUCAGUCCCCUGGCCCUGUGGCAGCCCUGAGGACACAGCCACCCACGGGGAUCUCUGCGCCCAACACAGCUGUGCUCCAUAAAGAGGAUUUUUAUUCAUAAGCGCUUCCCCACCUCCACCACCGUACGGGCAGGCUUCUGUCCUGCUCACCCAGUACACAGUAGGUGCUCAGUAAACGUUUGAGUGAAUGCUCGAAACAGUGUCCCUCAAGGAGGCCUCAGUCUGGUGAAGGAGACAGGUAUGUAACGCACAAUCACAGAACUGAAUUUGCACACUUGACAUGGAAGUGUAUGGUGUAUGAGUUCUAUCUCAAUAAAGCCAUUUGGAAAAAUAUCAAGUGAGCGAUUUACUAAAUGUGCGUGGGAGUUACGGGUGUAAGAACAUACUACAUCAUGCGACGCUUCUAGUCCUUUCCAGUCGUCACGAAGUGACCCCAAUGCCAAUAGGCACAAGGAACUGAAGGGUUUCACUCACUGGACAGGUCAAAGAUGUGUAUGCAUGCGACAGUCUGUUCAUUCUAGGAAGCACUAAUCGAGCAUUUACAUCGAAAAGCUGCACAAAGAUGGGGCGCCUGGCUGGCUCGGCGGAGCAUGUGGCUCGAUCUUGGGGUCGUGAGUUCGAGCCCCAUGUUGGGUGUAGAGAUUACUUAGAUAAAAACUUUAGGGAUGGGGCUCCCGGGUGGCUCAGUCGGUUACGUGUCUGCCUUUGGCUCAGGUCAUGAUCCCAGGGUCGUGGGAUGGAACUUCGAGAGCCAUGUGUUGGGCUCGGUGGGCAGCCUGCUUCUCCCACUCCUCCUCACUCUGUCGCUCUCUCUCAAAUAAAAUCUUAAAAAGUUUUAAAAAGUUGCAUAAAGAAGGUAGAGAACAGUGGUAGGAGUGUGUCUAUGAAGUAAUAUUUUUUAAAAACAUUUGAGAGAGUGAGUGCUCGUGCGGGGGGAGGGGCAGAGGAAGAGGGACAGGCAGGAUGCUGAGCCCAGGGCCUGAUGCAGGGGUCAGUCGCACGACCUCGAGAUCAUGACCUGAGCCGAAAUCAAGAAUCGGACGCUUAACCGACUGAGCCACCCAGGCGCCCCUGGGCGAGUAUUUUGAAAGAUAGAAAGUAACUAAGAAUAGAAAAUUAAAAGUAAAGCAUUAAAAACUAUUGGUACCACAUUUCAAUAUAUUUUAGAAACUUAAUUUCUUUGAAUUAUGAGUUUAUAUAACAUGAUAUUUAUAUUCCAAACUUGAUCUUUUUAAAAAAAGUGAAUUGCGGUGUUGUGAUGUGAAUUAUAAGCCAAGUUUUUAUGAAACAAAAACAGCACCAACUCAUUUUUAAGAAGUUGCCUGUUUCAUGCAUCUGCCGCUUCCCAAGGGUGGAAAAGAGAAUCGCCCUCACCCCAAGGAUUUGUCGCGAAGCAGGUAGGUUCUGGUUGGAGUAACCACCUGACAAGGUAUGAUUAAGCAAUCUGGUUUUCCUGCUGAAGGUUUUACAUAUUUAGUUAUAUUAAGAAAAUAAGCAUUUUCACUUCUAUGAUAGGUAAUUUUUAACAUUUACUUAACUUACUGUUUAGAAUGAGACAUACUUUAUUUUUCAAAAAUUGGAAGCUUUGGGCACCUGGGGGGCUGUCGG